UGACCAGAUUGAUUUUAGGGAAGAUCAGUCAGAAUGAUCUAGUGGAGCGUUUGUCCCACCUCCCAGAACCUAAAGAGGUUCUUGCUGAGGCAGAGGAGAGUGAUAGACCGGGUGAGAUGGAGAAAGAACAGACAGACUCAGAGAAGAAGAGAGAGGAUCCCCCUCUGACCUCUGACUCAAGACCUCCAGGUGAUUCCCAAAAACCUGAACAAACCCAACAGACAGACUCAGAGAAGAAGAGAGAGGAUCCCCCACUGACCUCUGGACCAAGUGGACCUCCAGGAGCUUGUGCUGCAAAGUGUCGACGUAAACUCAAGUCUAACCUGGAGAAGAAGUUCCAGUGUGUGUUUGAGGGGAUCGCUAAAGCAGGAAACCCAACCCUUCUGAAUCAGAUCUACACACCGCUCUACAUCACAGAGGGAGGGACUGCAGAGGUCAAUGAUGAACAUGAGGUCAGACAGAUUGAAACAGCAUCCAGGAAACCAGACAGACCAGAAACAACAAUCAGACAAGAAGACUUCUUUAAAGCCUCACCUGGAAGAGAUGAACCAAUCAGAACAGUGAUGACAAAGGGAGUGGCUGGCAUUGGGAAAACAGUCUUAACACAGAAGUUCACUCUGGACUGGGCUGAAGACAAAGCCAACCAGGACAUAGACUUCACAUUUCCAUUCACUUUCAGAGAGCUGAAUGUGGUGAAAGAGAAAAAGUACAGCUUGGUGGAACUUGUUCAUCACUUCUUUACUGAAACCAAAGAAGCAGGAAUCUGCAGGUUUGAAGAGUUCCAGGUUGUGUUCAUCUUUGACGGUCUGGAUGAGUGUCGACUUCCUCUGGACUUCCACAACACUGAGAUCCUGACUGAUGUUACAGAGUCCACCUCAGUGGAUGUGCUGCUGACAAACCUUAUCAGGGGGAAACUGCUUCCCUCUGCUCGCCUCUGGAUAACCACACGACCUGCAGCAGCCAAUCAGAUCCCUCCUGAGUGUGUCGGCAUGGUGACAGAGGUCAGAGGGUUCACUGACCCACAGAAGGAGGAGUACUUCAGGAAGAGAUUCAAAGAUGAGGAGCAGGACAGCACCAUCAUCUCCCACAUCAAGAUAUCACGAAGCCUCCACAUCAUGUGCCACAUCCCAGUCUUCUGCUGGAUCACUGCUACAGUUCUGGAGGAUGUGUUGAAAAGCAGAAAGAGAGGAGAGCUGCCCAAGACCCUGACUGAGAUGUACAUCCACUUCCUAGUGCUUCAGUGCAAACUGAAGAAGGUCAAGUAUGACGGAGGAGCUGAGACAGAUCCACACUGGAGUUCAGAGAGCAGGAAGAUGAUUGAGUCUCUGGGAAAACUGGCUUUUGAGCAGCUGCAGAGAGGCAACCUGAUCUUCUAUGAAUCAGACCUGACAGAGUGUGGCCUCGAUAUCAGAGCAGCCUCAGUGUGCUCAGGAGUGUUCACACAGAUCUUUAAAGAGGAGAGAGGGCUGUACCAGGACAAGGUGUUCUGCUUCGUCCAUCUGAGCCUUCAGGAGUUUCUGGCUGCUCUUCAUGUCCAUCUGACAUUCAUCAAGUCUGGAGACAAUCUGCUGGAAGAAGAACAAACAACAUCCAGGUUGUCCUGGUCUGAAAGUGCUGUGGACGAGGCCUUAAAGAGUCCAAAUGGUCACCUGGACUUGUUCCUCCGCUUCCUCCUGGGUCUUUCACUGCAGACCAAUCAGACUCUCCUACGAGGUCUGCUGAAACAGACAGGAAGUAGCUCAAACACCAAUCAGAAAACAGUGGAGUACAUCAAAAAGAAGCUCAGUGAGAAUGUGUCUGCAGAGAGAAGCAUCAAUCUGUUCCACUGUCUGAAUGAAUUGAAUGAUCGUUCUCUAGUGGAGGAGAUCCAACAGUGCCUGAGAUCAGGAAGUCUCUCCACAGAUGAACUGUCUCCUGCUCAGUGGUCAGCUCUGGUCUUCAUCUUACUGUCAUCAGAAAAAGAUCUGGAUGUGUUUGACCUGAAGAAAUACUCUGCUUCAGAGGAGGCUCUUCUGAGGCUGCUGCCAGUGGUCAAAGCCUCCAACAAAGCUCUAGUAGCGGACUGUAACCUCUCAGAGACAAGCUGUGCAGCUCUGUCCUCAGUUCUCAGCUCCCAGUCCUCUAGUCUGAGAGAUCUGGACCUGAGUAACAACAACCUGCAGGAUUCAGGAGUGAAACAGCUUUCUGCUGGACUGAAGAGUCCACACUGUGGACUGGAAACUCUCAGUCUGUCAGGAUGUCUGAUCACAGAGGGAGGCUGUGCUUCUCUGGCCUCAGCUCUGAGCUGCAACCCCUCCCAUCUGAGAGAGCUGGACCUGAGCUACAAUCAUCCAGGAGCCUCAGGAGAGAAGCUUCUGUCUGCUGGACUGGCGGAUCCACAGUGGAGAUUGGACACUCUCAGGAUGGACCAUGGUGGACCGCAGAGACUGAAACCUGGUGUGAGGAAGUAUGCCUGUGAACUGGAACUGGAUCCAAACACAAUGAACAGAAACCUCAAACUGUCUGAUAACAACAGGAAGGUGACAUGUGUGAUGGAGGAUCAGUCAUAUCCUGAUCAUCCAGACAGAUUUCACUCCUGGUCUCAGCUGCUGUGUAGAAAUGAUCUGACUGGUCGCUGUUACUGGGAGGUCAAGUGGAGAGGAAGAGUCUCUAUAUCAGUGAGUUACAGAAGAAUCAACAGGAAAGGAGACAGUGAAGACUGUAGGUUUGGAUGGAAUGAUCAGUCCUGGAGUCUGAUCUCCUCUGAUGGUGGUUACUCUGUCUAUCACAAUAAGAGAGAAACACCCAUCUCCUCCUCCUCCUCCUCCUCUGUCUCUAACAGAGUAGCAGUGUAUGUGGACUGUUCUGCUGGCACUCUGUCCUUCUACAGAGUCUCCUCUGACACACUGAUCCACCUCCACACCUUCAACACCACAUUCACUGAACCUCUGUGUGCUGGGUUUGGGUUCUACUGGCACAGGUCUGGUUCCUCAGUGUCUCUGGUUCCUCUGUAGGAGGGAGGGGGGGUGUUGGAGUUAGUUUGAUUUUAUUUUGUCUAUGUAUUCAUUUAUUCAUGUUUUUCUUCUAAUAUAAAACUAGUGGAACAUAUAUGUGUACAUUAUACUGGUCAUCUGUACUUUA